AUGACAGGAAAUCCGGCUCUAUGCCAUCUUUGUGAAAAUAUGCCGCAAUUCGCCCCAGACCUUGCGGUGGAGCGUAAAUGCGCCUCUCCACCCAGACGUACUGGCGCGCCAGGCUUGGCCGGAUGCCAUCGGGCGCCUGCGUCCGUCGGUCUCCAGUGGCGGCUUAUCCACGACCUCGUCCGAACGAACAUUGCCGGGCGUCACGCACUAGGUCCUCUACUUGAGAAGCGGGAGCAAUCCUCGUUGAGCUCGUACAGCUUCUCCAGGUUGCGGAGCGUGGCGAUCAGCGACCAGAUCCAAAGAGUUCCUCAGCUCAUUAUUGAUGCCGCACCAUCCUGCCCUCAUGGCCAAUGA